AUGGACAUCAGCAUAAUUCAAGGAUAUGCACCCACUACUAAGAGCAGUGACGAAGACAUGGACAGAUUUUAUGCCCCGUUAGAUCAGGCAUACUCGCAGUGCAAAUCCCAGGAUAUCAUCAUUGUUAUGGGGGAUUUCAAUGCUAAAGGUGGUAACGAGAGGGUAGACAGCAUCGUGGGUCCUCAUGGACUCGGAAGCCGUAAUGAAAGAGGGGAGAUGCUGGUGGAAUGGGCGCAAACGAACAACAUGAUGAUUGGAAACACCUGGUUUAAGCAACCUCCAAGAAGACUGUGGACAUGGUUGAGUCCAGAUGACCACACCCUGAAUCAGAUUGAUUACAUUCUUGUUAAUAAACGCUUUCGUAACUCUCCUUUGGCAUCCGAAACGUUACCAGGAGCAGACUGUUACAGCGAUCAUGUUCCAGUGAUGGGCCGAUUUAGGGCCAAGAUGAGAACACUAAAGAAACCUACCCUAAGGGAACAACUAGAUGUAUCAUUACUCCAGAAAGAUAACACUAUAAAGGAGAAGUACGCUGUAGAGGUAAAGAACAGGUUCAGUGCUUUAGAGGAUCUUGAUUCCAUCGAGGAUCACUGGAAGGGCUUGAAGGUUUCGAUCAUGGAUGCAGCAAACGAAGUGCUAGGAAGAGCCAUGCAUAAAAAGAUCCGUGAAAUUACCAACAAGAAGACUCAAUCAUCAUCAGGAUUUCUUAAAUCAAAGACGGGGGGCAUCAUCAUGGAACGUGACAGGAUCCUGGAAAGGUGGUCAGAAUACCUGAAUGAACUCUUUGAUGAUGAGAGGAACACGGAACGUACUAUCGACUUAGAAAUGAGUGCUCCACCCAUCAUGGAAGAUGAAGUAAGAGUCAGGAACAAAAUUAAGCCGGAGAUCGCUGAAGAACAAUGCGGUUUAGUGGAAGGAAAGGGCACGGCCAAUGCUACAUAUAUUCUGAGAAACAUCAUUGAAAGGUCACUGGAAGUACAGAAAAACAUCUACAUGUGCUUUCUAGAUUAUUCUAAAGCAUUCAACAAAAUAGCAGCUAUGAGGGUCGACAACGAGAUCGGAGAGUACCAGAAGAUCGGACGAGUGGUACGCCAGGGAUGUGUCUUAUCACCAGACCUGUUUUCAAUAUAUAGUGAAAUUAUAAUGCACAGUUUGGAAUGCUUAAAUGGAAUUAAGAUAGAUGGUAACAACAUCAACAACUUACGGUACGCUGAUGAUACAGUCCUGCUGGCAGAGACAGAAGAAUAUCUGCAGUCUCUACUAAAUACAGUCAUCACUGAAAGCGAAAGGAAAGGUCUCUCCAUUAAUAACACCAAAACCAAGACAAUGGUCGUGAUCAAGAAGGGGCAAAUACCAACAUGCAACAUAACUGCGAACAGGAUCAUCCUUAAACAAGAAGAAAAAUUCAAGUACCUUGGCGCAUUAAUUACAUCUGAUGGGCGUUGCCUAACCGAGGUUAGUUGUCGCAUAGGCCAAGCAAAAGCGGCAUUCCAGAGCAUGAGCAAUAUAAUGAGGAAUCGUAACAUCUCGCUCAACAUCCGCAAACAACUUCUCCAGUGUUACAUCGAACCAAUCUUGAUGUAUGGCUGCGAAGCUUGGACCAUCGACAGCCAAGUUGCUAAAAAGAUCAAAGCAGCUGAAAUAGCGAUGAACGUUCUUAUAGGACAUGGCCUGGGGUCUUUUUCGGGUAUAAAUGCCCAUGGUUUUGUGAGGGGAAAAGAGUUCGGUCCUGACUUCUAUGGUGAACAGAGGAUCCGCUCUCGGUGUUCAGUCAGGAGAACAAAUGACAUCUGUGAUUCCUUAGAUUCUGGCGGCGGCAUCGGUAGAGCGUGUGACUCCCACUUGCAAGACCCGGGAUCGAGACCAGAGUAA